AGGCCGGCCGGGGGCGGAGCAGCUGGUGGGUCGGCGCGGGCCCAGCCGUGCGUGCUCACGUGACGGGUCCGCGAGGCCCAGCUCGAGCAGUAGUCCCGGCGAGCGAAGAUGGCGGCCGAGAGGGAGCCUCCUCCGCUGGGGGACGGGAAGUCCACCGACUUUGAGGAGCUGGAAGACGGAGAUGACCUGUUCACCAGCACUGUCUCCACGCUAGAGUCAAGUCCAUCAUCUCCAGAACCAGCUAGUCUUCCUGCAGAAGAUAUUAGUGCAAACUCCAAUGGCCCAAAACCCACAGAAGUUGUGCUAGAUGAUGACAGAGAAGAUCUUUUUGCAGAAGCCACAGAAGAAGUUUCUUUGGACAGCCCUGAAAGGGAACCUAUCCUCUCCUCGGAACCUUCUCCUGCAGUCACACCUGUCACUCCUACUACACUCAUUGCUCCUAGAAUUGAAUCAAAGAGUAUGUCUGCUCCCGUGAUCUUUGAUAGAUCCAGGGAAGAGAUUGAAGAAGAAGCAAAUGGAGAUAUUUUUGACAUAGAAAUUGGUGUAUCAGAUCCAGAGAAAGUCGGUGAUGGCAUGAAUGCCUAUAUGGCAUAUAGAGUAACAACAAAGACAUCUCUUUCCAUGUUCAGUAAGAGUGAAUUUUCAGUGAAAAGAAGAUUCAGCGACUUUCUUGGUUUGCACAGCAAAUUGGCAAGCAAGUAUUUACACAUUGGUUAUAUUGUGCCACCAGCUCCAGAAAAGAGUAUAGUAGGGAUGACCAAGGUCAAAGUGGGUAAAGAAGACUCAUCAUCCACUGAAUUUGUAGAAAAACGGAGAGCAGCUCUUGAAAGGUAUCUUCAAAGAACAGUAAAACAUCCAACUUUACUACAGGAUCCUGAUUUAAGGCAGUUCUUGGAAAGUUCAGAGCUGCCUAGAGCAGUUAAUACACAGGCUCUGAGUGGAGCAGGAAUAUUGAGGAUGGUGAACAAGGCUGCCGACGCUGUCAACAAAAUGACAAUCAAGAUGAAUGAAUCGGAUGCAUGGUUUGAAGAAAAGCAGCAGCAAUUUGAGAAUCUGGAUCAGCAACUUAGGAAACUUCAUGCCAGUGUUGAAGCCUUGGUCUGUCAUAGAAAAGAACUUUCAGCCAACACAGCUGCCUUUGCUAAAAGUGCUGCCAUGUUAGGUAAUUCUGAGGAUCAUACUGCUUUAUCUAGAGCUUUGUCUCAGCUUGCAGAGGUUGAAGAGAAGAUAGACCAGUUACAUCAAGAACAAGCUUUUGCUGACUUUUAUAUGUUCUCAGAACUACUUAGUGACUACAUUCGUCUUAUUGCUGCAGUGAAAGGUGUGUUUGACCAUCGAAUGAAGUGCUGGCAGAAAUGGGAAGAUGCUCAAAUUACUUUGCUCAAAAAACGUGAAGCUGAGGCAAAAAUAAUGAUUGCUAACAAACCAGAUAAAAUACAGCAAGCUAAAAAUGAAAUAAGAGAGGAAAUUGAAGAGUGGGAGGCGAAAGUGCAACAAGGGGAAAGAGAUUUUGAACAGAUCUCUAAAACGAUUCGAAAAGAAGUGGGAAGAUUUGAGAAAGAACGAGUGAAGGAUUUUAAAACUGUUAUCAUCAAGUACUUAGAAUCAUUAGUACAAACACAACAGCAGCUGAUAAAAUAUUGGGAAGCAUUCCUACCUGAAGCCAAAGCCAUUGCCUAGCAAUAAGACUGUUGCUGUUAAGAAGACCUUGGAUGUUGUUCCAGUUAUGCUGAAUUCCACAGUGAAAUCGUUUAAAACCAUCUAAAUAAACCACUAUAUAUUUUAUGAAUUACACGUGGUUUUAUAUACACACACACAUACACACAUACACACACACACUCUGACAUUUUAUUACAAGCUGCAUGUCCUGACCCUCUUUGAAAUAAGUGGACUGUGGCAUGACAUUCUGCAAUAUUUUGCUGAAUUGAACACUAUUGUGUCUCAAAUACUUGCACUAAAAAGUGCACUGCAAGACCAGAAAAUAUUACAAUUUUUUUCUUUACAAUAUGUUCUGUAGUAUGUUUAUCCUCUUUAUGAAGUGAAUUAUCAAUGCACUGAUAAAUGUUCACUUAUACAUUCCUGUACAGAAAUUAUGAUUUUGUGAUUACAGUAAUAAAAUGAUAUUCCUUGUGAAA